AUGGCUAAAGAUGCUGAAGCAAGAGAACGUAACUGGUUACAGCGUCUCGAACCCCCUGAUCGGGAGGCGUAUUUGAAGAAGGCUAUGGAAAAGGAGGCCAAAUACUUGGUGGAUCCUCUCAAACUGGCUCAGGGCAUCGUCGAAAAACUCCGGGACCACAAUCUGCAGGCUGCCUUGGAAUUGGUCCGCGCCAGCGACAGGGUUCAUAAUGGCAAGGGAGUGGACAAUGUCGUCAGUUGGAACCAUAUCAUAGAUUGGUUGAUGGGUCAAGAGUCUCCUGGUGAGGCAUGGAAGGUCUACAACGAGAUGAAAAAGCGAGGCCAUAAACCCGAUUCCCACACUUACACCAUCAUGCUGAGAGGUUAUCGCGAGAACGUCAGAAAACCAAAUGCCGUUCAGCAGGCAUUGAGCGUUUACGACUCCAUCUCGGCCGCGAACUCGGCUGUCACUCCGACCACCAUCCACACGAAUGCUAUCAUCAGUGUCUGCGCCCGCGCGUAUGACAUUGAUGCUAUAUGGAGAAUCGCUGGGAGGCUCCCCGAACGCGGGCCUGGUGCCCCGGACCAUGUAACGUUCACGACGAUACUCCAGGGCCUGAACAGCGAGGCCCAAAAACGAGCUAUAGAUCGAGGAAGCAGAGAGGGGCCGGGCUUCGACCCUCAACCAAUCUUCGACCAGGUAAUUGAUGACGCGCGGAAGUUAUGGCUCGACAUCACGGGACGAUGGAGAAGAGGAGAACUUCACCUAGACGAGGCCUUGGUUUGUGCCAUGGGAAGACUGUUGAUGCUUUCAAACGACAGGAGUACUCAUCUUGAUGUUCUCAACCUGGUCCAACAGACCAUGAACAUAGGCAGAAUCCCCGAUGCAUCAGCUAUGGACCCGAGGGACGAGACAGAGGCGCCGGACGAAUCGGAAACCACCGCUGAGGAGGAUUCUCCAUCCUCCCUCGACGCUCCAGCCAUGAGAGCAAUCCGCUCGAAUUUGUCCUCAAAGCAUAUCAGCACGGUGAACGCUUCUGUGUAUGCCAGCCCUGGCAACAAUACUCUUUCCAUGCUCAUGGAAACCACUACCGCCCUCCGAAAGCUAAAACUGGGCAAAUACUAUUGGGAAUUGCUCACAUCUCCCGAUGGGCCUUAUAAGAUUGUCCCAGACCAUCAGAAUAUUAUGGCUUUCCUGCGCCUGCUUCGAGUUUCCCGCGCAAGUAGAGCGGCCUUGGACCUUCUUCGAGCUCCGAGACCUGACGAGGUACGCGACAAACUUAUGGUACGUGGAACAUUUGUCAUAGCCAUGAGCACCUGUCUCCGAGACAAAAAGAAUCCGAAUGUGUUCGAAACAGCCAGCCGGAUCAUGGACUUGAUGCAAGAGAGCACGCGAGAUUUGAGAGAUGACUUGAAUGGGACUGAAAUUGAGCCUCAGGGUCAGAAGCUCAGGUUCUCUCCCAAAGUUCUCCGGAUGUAUUUGGAAGUUGCUAUGGCCACCACGAAAGGAAUUGGCGCGGGUCCGCUCGAGAAGGCCCAGAACGGUGACUUGGAUUUCGAGCGAGAUCCAAGCAAAAGCCAUACAAUAAGAGCGUUAAGAAGGCUUGGCCCAGAUGCGGUCAAUGUCAGGCAACUAAUCAAAUCCCACUUGAUUGAGCUCGAACAACAGGCUGCCAUGAGAGGACGUACGAUCAGAGUCAAGAAACUGCUUGAGAAGCGCCAGAUCACGCCUUACAGUGUUACUGAGAACAUUGAAGAACUGGUCGAGUUAUUGCGGACCAUGAUCAGUGCAAUUGACAAGAUCAUCCUGGUUAAUGAACGGUUGGAGGAUGACGGAAUGGGACCUUUAGAUAAAAGCAUCUUGAAUGAGUGUUGGUUGCAGAAACGAAAGUUGUCGGCCUUUGUUACAAGAAUGGCCAAUGCGAUCGUGGAGCCCAAAGGACCUGGAGAGCUGAGGGCGCGGCGUGUUGACGAAAGGGGUCGCCCGCUCGUGGGCAAAGUGAGUGAGAUGCAGGAGGAAGAUGCAGGUGCCGGGGCUGAAGACACUCAGACGGCAGCGGACGCGAUGACAGACGAGGAAUUCGAAGCCAGCAUGGACCCCACCAGUCCGCGCGCAAAAGUCAUGAACGAUAUCAAAGUAGCCCAGGCCAAGCAGGCCAAAUCAAAGGAAGAAAGAGGCCUCUCACGACGACAGAAAUUGGAAUUGAUCAAAGAAGAGCAAGUCCGCGCGCAGUUCCCCACCAGCGUGUUGAGAGAGCGGCAGAGCGGGCGGAUGCGAAAGAAGGAGACUGCGUGGGCGGGAUUGAUGCCGAGAAGGGGAACGAGUGCGGUGGUGACUCCUGCAAAGGCGCCCAUGUGGAAGACGAGGCAAUUGGAAAUCAAGGAGAUGAGGAGACAGAAAAGAGAGGCCAAAGAAAAAGAGAAGCACGCGAGAAGGGAGAAGAGAGAGGCAGAGGAAAAGGAGAAGCACGCGAGGAGGAAGGAGAGGGAGACGUAUCGAGGGUGGGGAGGUGGGUUUGAAGAGAUGUUGAAACAAGAGGGCAAGGCUGGCAGGGCCGGGAUAGUGGAGUUGGGACCUUGA